AAAAGGGCUAACUGGCUCCCUCUGCUGCCCAGUCGCGCCGCCAGCGGGCUGAGGGAAGGGAGCAGGUAUCCGGCCCGAGAGCAGGGUACAGGGGACUGAAGAACGCGCCGCCCCUCCCGCCCCACUUCCCAGGAUGCUUGACUCUUAAAUGCUUAUAGUGAUUUGCUUUGCAAGCUGCUAACUGAAUGAAGAUGGAAAUGAAUGGAAUUGAGACAUCAGAAGUGUGUGAACCUGAAAAAUUAAGUGUUCCAAGAUGAUCUGGCAUAUUUUAAUUGUAGGGAUUCUACUUCCCCAGUCUUUGGCCCAUCCAGGCUUUUUUACUUCAAUUGGUCAGAUGACUGAUUUGAUCCAUACUGAGAAAGAUCUGGUGACUUCUCUGAAAGACUAUAUUAAGGCAGAAGAGGACAAAUUAGAACAAAUAAAAAAAUGGGCAGAGAAGUUAGAUAGACUAACCAGCACAGCGACAAAAGAUCCAGAAGGAUUUGUUGGGCAUCCAGUAAAUGCAUUCAAAUUAAUGAAACGUCUGAACACUGAAUGGAGUGAGUUGGAGAAUCUGGUCCUUAAGGAUAUGUCAGAUGGCUUUAUCUCUAACCUAACCAUUCAGAGACAGUACUUCCCUAAUGAUGAAGAUCAGGUUGGGGCAGCAAAAGCUCUGUUGCGUCUCCAGGACACCUACAAUUUGGAUACAGACACCAUCUCAAAGGGUAAUCUCCCAGGAGUAAAACACAAAUCUUUUCUAACAGUUGAAGACUGUUUUGAGUUGGGCAAAGUGGCCUAUACAGAAGCCGAUUAUUACCAUACAGAACUGUGGAUGGAACAAGCACUAAGGCAGCUGGAUGAAGGCGAGAUUUCUACCAUUGAUAAAGUCUCUGUUCUAGAUUAUUUGAGCUACGCGGUAUACCAGCAGGGAGACCUGGAUAAGGCACUUUUGCUCACAAAGAAGCUUCUUGAACUAGAUCCUGAACACCAGAGAGCUAACGGUAACUUAAAAUAUUUCGAAUAUAUAAUGGCUAAAGAAAAAGAUGUCAAUAAGUCUGCUUCAGAUGAUCAAUCUGAUCAGAAAACCACACUGAAGAAAAAAGGGGCUGCUGUGGAUUACCUGCCAGAGAGACAGAAGUACGAAAUGCUGUGCCGUGGGGAGGGUAUCAAAAUGACUCCUCGGAGACAGAAAAAACUCUUUUGCCGUUACCAUGAUGGAAACCGGAAUCCUAAAUUCAUUCUGGCUCCAGCCAAACAGGAGGAUGAGUGGGACAAGCCUCGUAUUAUUCGCUUCCAUGAUAUUAUUUCUGAUGCAGAAAUUGAAAUUGUCAAAGAUCUAGCAAAACCAAGGCUGAGCCGAGCUACAGUACAUGACCCUGAGACUGGAAAAUUGACCACAGCACAGUACAGAGUAUCUAAGAGUGCCUGGCUGUCUGGCUAUGAAAACCCUGUGGUGUCUCGAAUUAAUAUGAGAAUACAAGAUCUAACAGGACUAGAUGUUUCCACAGCAGAGGAAUUACAGGUAGCAAAUUAUGGAGUUGGAGGACAGUAUGAACCCCAUUUUGAUUUUGCACGGAAAGAUGAACCAGAUGCUUUCAAAGAGCUGGGGACAGGAAAUAGAAUUGCUACAUGGCUGUUUUAUAUGAGUGAUGUGUCAGCAGGAGGAGCCACUGUUUUUCCUGAAGUAGGAGCUAGUGUUUGGCCCAAAAAGGGAACUGCUGUUUUCUGGUAUAAUCUGUUUGCCAGUGGAGAAGGAGAUUAUAGUACACGGCAUGCAGCCUGUCCUGUGCUAGUUGGAAACAAAUGGGUAUCCAAUAAAUGGCUCCAUGAACGUGGACAAGAAUUUCGAAGACCAUGCACCUUAUCAGAAUUGGAAUGACACAUAGGCUUCCCUUCCUCUCCUGUUAUACUCUAAUGUGUCUGAUAUGCACAUGUCCCAGUCUUAACUUUCCAGAGUUUACAAUUGACUAACACUCCAUGAUUGAUUUCAGUCAUGAACCUCAUCCGAUGUUUCAUCUGGGGACAAUCACUAACUUUGUGGGGUUUUUUUUCUUUUAAAAGUAACACUAAAUCACCAUAUUGUACAUAUAAACCUUUAAAGUUCAGUUGGUAUCACAGAGGAUAAAGCAAGGUAGAGUUAAAAAUGAGUUACACUUGUAUCUUAAAGAACUUCUUGGUUGGAUAAAGAAAACAGUUUAAGCAUCUGAUUAUAGUAUUUCACUACAUCUCAGUGUUUAGGGGGUAAGCUCGAAUGGGCCAUGUGAUGAAGGAACAGAAGCCUCGUAGUAUGAACCUAGGUAUUAGGUUUACCUAGUCUUACUUCUUUUCUGGAUCUGCCUGAAGACUAGGAAUAAACUAGGCCUCUAAUCUCGGUUCCAUUUGAUGUUUGCCCCAUAUGCUAUUCUAAGUUGAUUUUUUUUCCUUCCAAGUCUUUUUAAAGAAAGUAUACUGUAUUUUACCAAUCCCAUUCUUCUCUCAUAGCUCCUCUGUGGUGAAUUAAAUCUGAGUUAAAAUACUUUGAUUAAACAAAAAUUUUUAAUACAAAGCCCUAUAUAACAACACUGAGUCUUAACUAAAAUGAUCAUUAGUCUCUUUCCCCCUUAAAUGACUGAUGAUUUUGUCCAUAAAAUUUGCUGUUUUUCUUAGUGCUAAUACCUUGCCUCUUAUUCCUGCUAUAGCAGGGUGAUAAUAUUGGCAUUCUGAUAAAAUAUUGUGCCUUAGGAGACUGGAAAUUUAAAAAUGUACAAGUCCUUUUAAUGAUGAGGGAAUUGAUUUAAAAAAAAAAAAAAGAUCUUUUCUAAAAAGCCAAAAUGUUUGUUUUUCUCAAUUCUGAAAUGUGUUGUGACAACAAUGACCUAUUUAUGAUCUUAAAUCUUUUUUUAAAAAUGU